CACGACUGUAUGACAGUUGAAAAUGGAAAACCAAAAUCUUUAUUUUGAUCAAUCUACUUUUUAUUUGAUGCUCCAGGAUAAACAAAUAUUAACAUUCAUAAUCCCUGCGAUUUUGUGUGCAUUUUGUUAUUUAGUAAUCGUUCUUACAAUAAUUGUAAAAGGAUGGACGUGAAAGAAGAAUACUGCGAAAUUUAUGAACAUGACAUUAAAACCGAAGCAGAUGAAAACAAUUCACGAUCUAUAAAACCAGAAAAGUUUAGAACCGACGAUGAAAAUGAGCUGGUUGAUGAGGUCAGUAUUAUUGAAUCUCGAGAACUAGCGGGACAAUUGAUAAGUGUUGAUGAAUUUAAACAAGACAUUAUCGAAUGUGAAGUGCCUAAAAUUGAACAAAGUUCGAAAUUUCUAUCAAAUAUUGACCAUGAUUUAGUGGCUAAACAAUUUGUUAUUCCUACAACUAAUGUUAAACAAGAACUUGAAAACACUACAAAAAUUGAAACGGCAGAUAUCAGUGAUAGUAAUAUAAAGCAAGAGGAUUGUGAAUAUAUUGAAUUUAAAAAUGAUAGUGAACUUUUGACUUCACAUUUUGAUUUACCAACUUUGAAAAGUGAAACUAAUGAUCAUACAGACUAUUUGACACCAUCUUGUAGCAGAACUGAAGAUGUUUCUAAGAGCUGUAGUCAAAAAAAUUAUCCAUCUUCGCAAUCAGGAUUUAACCAAAGUGAAGAAGAUUAUUCAUCUUCGCAAUUAGGAUCAAUACAAAUCUACGAAGGACAAUAUAAGAAACAUGUGUGUUGUAAGAAGUCCAGCGGAAAACAAUUCAAGUGUGACAUUUUUUUCAAAGAGUUUAAUAUAGAACAAAACUUAAGGCGACAUUUAAUAGUUCACUCUAAUAAAAAGCCAUUCAAAUGGGAUAUUUGUUUGACAGAAUUUAAACGUAAAGGCUGCUUACAGAGACAUUUAAUAUCUCAUACUAAUAAAAAGUCAUUCAAAUGUGAUAUUUGUUUCACAGAGUUUAAUCACCAGCGCAGCUUAAUUGAUCAUUCAAUAAUCCAUACUAUUAAAAAGCCAUUCAAGUGUGAAAUUUGUUAUAAAGAAUUUCAUUACCAAUUUGGUUUAACCAAACAUGUAAAAAUUCACUCUAAUGAAAGACAAUUUAUGUGUGAAAUUUGUUCCAAAGUAUUUACUCACAAAUUUAACUUAGACAAACAUUUAAUAAUUCACUCUAAUGAAAGGCCAUUUAAGUGUGACAUUUGUUUUAAAAGAUUUAAUCAUAACAAUGUCUUACAGGAUCAUUUAAUGAGUCAUACUAAUAAAACGCCAUUUAAGUGUGCCAUUUGUUCUCAAGAAUUUAAUAUGGAACUUAAGUUAAAGCUACAUUUAAUAAUUCACAAUAAUGGCCAAUCGUUCAAGUGUGAUAUUUGUUCCAAAACAUUUAAACGUAAAGCCGCCUUACAAACUCAUUUAAAAAUUCAUACUGACUUAAAGCCAUUCAAGUGCGACAUUUGUUUAGAUAGAUUUCACAUUAAAUCACAAUUAAGGGAACAUUUAAUAAUUCAUUCUAAUCUAUUCACGUGUGACAUUUGUUUCAAAGAAUUUAAUGAAAAAGUUAAGUUAGAUAAACAUUUAAUAAAUCACACUAAUGAUCUACCGUUCAAGUGUGACAUUUGUUUCAGAAAAUUUAAAAAUAAAGCCGCUUUAAUAAAUCAUUUAAAAAUUCAUACUAAGCCAUUCAAAUGCGAUAUUUGUUCAAAUAGAUUUCGCGCUAAAUCUCAUUUAAGGGAACAUUUAACAAUUCAUCUAUUCACGUGUACCAUUUGUUUCAAAAAAUUUGAUCAGGAAUCUACCUUACAAAGCCAUUUAUUAACUCACAAUGAUAGGAAGGUAUUCAUUGUAAAGUCAAAACCAGUAAAGUAUGUUGCACCUACAGGAAACGGAUUAACUAAUGCCAACUCUUCUUACACGAACGAGGAAUAUUUCCAAAUUGUUGUCUGGCACAAUACUGGCUAUAGUAUUCCUCAAAUUAUAAGCAUGUUUCAACAAAUGUUUCCAAAUAAACUACAACCAACACAAGCUAUAAUCGAGCGUACUAUGGAGAAUCUUUGCGCACAUGGAUCUUUUUCCGGAACGAAUGGUAGAAACGAACCAGUGGUAAUAGUACCUUGCAUGCCAUUAAAUCCGGAUCACGAACUGCGGGAUAUAAUGAUCUGCGCUGCAGUUGAACAAGACUCAACUCGAACAACUAGGGAUCUUGCUCGAGAAUUUGGCGUGUCCCAUAUGAAAAUCAAUAAGAUUUUAAAAGCUAACGGCUAUAGAAGUUUUAAACUUCAUCGAGCCGAUGAAAUGUUUCCCGACGACCAAUAUUUUCGAAUGGAGUUUUGUGAAAGAAUGAUGGAAAUGGCCAACGCCGAUGAAAAUUUUAUUAGGAACAUUCUUUUCACCGACGAGUCGUCAUUUCCAAUACAUAAUUUAUCUAUUAGUUGGAAUUUUACUAAGGAAAAUCAACAACGUACUUACGAUGCCCGUACACAAAAAUUAAAUGUAUGGACGGGAAUACUGGGAGACAACAUUGUGGGACCUUUUUUUAUUGAUGGCAUUCUCAAUGCCCAAAGUUAUUUGCAAUUGCUGCAGAAUGACAUCAUUCCCGCAGUGCGUGCCUUGGACGUACCAUUUCAUUCUAUUUGGUUCCAACAAGAUGAAUGUCCGGCACAUAAUUCCAUUCUCGUAAAGGAAUAUAUAUCGGAAUUGUUCCCGGGUCGUUUGAUUGUGGGAUUUCCCAGUAUGGACGGACAUAUUCCAUGGCCAGCUAGAUCGCCUGAUCUAGCGCCAUGCAACUUUUUUUUAAGAGGAUAUACAAAAAGUAAAUUGUAUGGGUUUCAAGAGGAAAGGGCUAGGAAUCUCGAUGAGUUGAGGAUUCGCAUCUGCAAUACGUUGAGAGGUAUUAGCCCUGCGAUGCUCUCCAACGUACGGGAAAAUUUUUAUAAUAGGCUUGGUUAUUGUUCUUCUUACGGUGGUGGUCGUUUUGAGUAUUUGUUGUAACUUGUUGUUUCUUGUGUUUACAUUUGAGGAGCGUUCAUGCAAAAUCAAACAUGUCCCCAUAAACUUAUUUGGAGAAAACACGAAACAUUUUUUUCGCUUAGGGUCUUGAAAUUAAAAUUUUCCAAAAUUAUAAAAUAUAUAGAGCAUCAGAUAAUAAUGUUGUUGUACAUACUACAGAGUUAACAAGAAGAGAUGUAACGACAAACAAAUAUCGUGCGAUCCUUAAUAAGGGACACAGGCGGGUAUAAUAUACGCUGUUGUCAUGCCCAUUUCAUUAUUUUCGUUUUGUUUGCAAAAUUAUUUAUAUAUCUUAAAAAAGCCAAAAUAAUUCAACCUAGUUUCUUGCAACUGAAACCACAAAUAUAUAAAACAUUAGUUGUUAUCUAUGUUUUUCUCAUUUUUAUUUAUUGUUUAUAUUAUAGAUUGUAUCAGUUUAUUUUAAAAGAAUAAUAAUAAAUAAGAGUCAACGCUCAGUUCCUAUUAUUUUAUUGGUUUUCAUUUAUCAACAUUUACUGUAUCCUUUUUAGUAAAUAAAUUAUACUAAAAUUAUACUUGUGUAUGUUUUCUUGUAGAGUGAGAUUCAUUUCCUUUCCAUAAUAUCCGGCCUAGAAUUUUUUAUUGGUACACCCUGUAUAACUUUUCUUUCUUGAGUCAUUCCUUAAUUACUAUCCAAAUUUCACGCCAAUCCAUUUAAUCCAGAAGAAUGCAGAUCGAAAAACCGUCAAAUACUGAACUAUACAGUGUGUCCCGAACGCUGGCGGCUCGUAAUAAUUUAAAAUGGGUGUUCACUUUUUCCAAUAAUUUUAUCAUAUGUAAGUUCGGAUCAAAACUUUGUGCAAUAGUCA